GCCUUAUAGGCAACAUAUUACUUCACUCAUUUUCGGCAAGCACAGUAAAAUAUUAAAGAAGUCACCAAGUGUGGUUUCAUAGAGUUCAAAUGAAGAUUAUUUUUGUAUUCGCUAGGGCCUUGCUGGUCUUGGCAGUAAGUGCAAAUGCUGCCAGCCUGAGCCCAAGUGCCCGCGCCGCCGACAAUGCCCUAUACAGUCGCUUUUUGUGUCGCAAUAGACCGAAUGGCUUCAAGACCAUGGUACCUGGCAGUUGCACCAGCUACUAUAAGUGUCAUAAUGGCGCAAGCUUACAAAUCGAUUGCCCUUACUACUAUGAUGGUGCGAAAAAUAUGUGCGUCGAUCAAAAUCCAGGUUGUGUUGAAGAUCUGGUUGAAGUUGCGCCCGCACCAAAAGCUAUUGAUGCAGCACCGUGUGCUGGUGUUGUUAACGGUUACGUUGUUGGUAAUAAUCAAGCGCAAUGGUAUCAGUGUCUAAAUAGUGCGGUGAUAAGUUCUGGCGUUUGUCCCAGUGGACAAGAAUAUAAUUUGGUAUUAUUGCAAUGUGGUGUCAAAUCCUCAUGCGGUGGAGCUGAUCAACCAUCAUGCAGUGGAAAUGUUCCAACUACUCCUGCGCCAUCAGCUGUUACUCCAACCACAACUUCAUGCUCAACAACAAUUACCACUACUGCUUGCGCACCAAUAACUACCACAACAACAAUUGUACGGCCAACAACAACUACUACUAUUCGCGCACCAAUAACUACCACAACAACAAAUGCACGCCCAACAACAACUACUACUAUUGGCGCACCAAUAACUACCACAACAACAACUGUACGCCCAACAACAACUACUGCUACUCGCGCACCAAUAACUACCACAACAACUACAGCUACUUGCGCACCAAUAAUCACCACAACAGCAACUGUACGCCCAACAACAACUACUACUUGCGCACCAAUAACUACCACAACAACAAAUGCACGCCCAACAACAACCACUACUAUUGGCGCACCAAUAACCACCACAACAACAGCUGUACGUCCAACAACGACUACCACCAUUCGAGCACCAAUAACCACCACAACAACAAAUGUACUCCCAAGAACAACUACAACUACUUGCGCGCCAACAACACCAACAGUAACUCCAGUGGCUUGCAUAACAACGACAAAGCCACCAUGCGCAACGACAACCCCACCAUGUACAACAACAUCAUGCCCAUGUACAGCUACACCAUGCCCGCAAAGCAUAUAUAUUCCACCAUAUCAGCAAGCGGUCAGACCCCUAUCUGUCCUACCACCGCAAUCUCAUCAAUCUAAUAUGGAUUUAUACAUAAAAUACGUUUGUCAAGGCAAACCAACCGGUUUUACGCUACCUUCACUGAGGAGCUGCAACGAAUACUACAUUUGCCGUAACGAUCAUGCACUGAAAGUCAGUUGUGGCGAUGCAUAUUUCAACGCUAUGAAGGGACAAUGCGAUUUGCCGGAGAAUAGUGGUUGCAUACAACCAUAUCAGCAAUUAUAUUGAAAUUUGACUUGAACUAUAAAUGCCAAUUCAAAUAUGAUAAAGGGAGAAACGAAAAUUAAAUGAUAAUUAUUACACGUUAAUAUGUAAUUUUAUAAAAAUUUUAAAUAUAUAACAUACUUGUA